AUGGGAAGAGCAGAUGAAAUGCCGGGGAAUAUGAGCAAAGAGGACGCCCCGAGUCGGAGCGCUUCUUUGACGUUCACCAUCGACAACAUCCUCAACCUGAAGCAGCGGGGCCGCGGGGACUCGGACGGGGCGAAGGAGCAGAGGGACAGUGGAUGUAAGGGUGGCGUUCAAGCGCGGUACGAUGAGGCGUGGGACGUCCGGAGCAGGCAUGGCAGCGGAUCAGACGAGACAGCGCAAAGGAAGCCCAGAGUCCACCGCGCGGACCGCGGGGAAAACACAUCGCCGCUGACCGCUGGCUCUUGUCCCGGGGCGCAAAGUGCGAACACAGCCGAGGACGCAUCCGAGCAGGAGCCCUGCGCGGACUCGAAGGCCACGGCCAAGAAGAAAACCCGCACCAUCUUCUCAAAGAGACAGAUAUUUCAGCUGGAGGCGACUUUUGACAUGAAGAGGUAUCUGAGCAGCUCGGAGAGAGCGUGUCUCGCCGUCUCUCUGCAGCUCACCGAGACGCAGGUCAAGAUCUGGUUUCAGAACCGCCGCAACAAGCUGAAGAGACAGAUAUCCACAGACAUGGAGGGGCCGCUGGCCGCCGAGCACCUCUCAGAAGCGGGGAAAAAUGUGCAAUUACAGACUUUUUACAAAGACAGCAGCCUGCUGGGCGGAUGUUUGCUACCCAUGCCUUUCCCUGUCGUGUACCCGACUGCAACCGCUGCGCCUUGCAUCUACUUCUCCAACACUGGCAAAUAUUUUGGCCUGUUUGAUGCAGACUGA